AUGCCUUCGUGGAGCUUGGCUGUGGGCCCUGUGCUCAUUCGCAUGCUGAUUGUCCUCCCGGCUGUGUUUGUCUGCAUUGCCCUGGUGUUCAGUCUGAUUGUGCCACCCUUUGGCAAGUACCCUAGCCUGGAACUUCAGCCCUGGAUGUACAACGAACAGUACACAUUUGUCAGUAAUGAUGCUCCUGAGGAUGUGAGCACCCAGGAACUCUUGAAUGCCCUCACCAGAGACCCUGGCUUCGGGACCCGAUGUAUGGAAGGAAACCCAAUCCCAGGCAUGCCCUGCUCAGUAGGGGAGGAGGAGUGGACCACAGCCCAAGUUCCUCACACCAUCAUGGACCUCUUCCAAAAUGGGAACUGGACGAUGGAGAACCCCUCACCUGCCUGCCAGUGUAGCAGUGACAAAAUCAAGAAGAUGCUGCCCGUGUGUCCCCUGGGGGCUGGGGGACUGCCUCCUCCACAA